CCGACCACUGUGUGUGUCCGUGUGUGUCCAUGAUGCCCUUCCCAGUCAGAACUCCACUCCUCCUCCUCCUCCUCCUCCUCCAUUGCAAUUUGCAAUGUAGCGAAAAUGGCGGAUGUCAGAGGCGGAGACACCGACGGACACCAACACGACACAACAGCACAAACGCACAAAAAAACCAGCAGCGUCCAUCGCAUGAGCCCAAGGAUCAGGAGUCAGGACAUAUGCUAAAGGUUGGAUUGUCGCGAGCCUCUGUCUCGAACGUUCGGACCCAUCGUCUUCUUUCCAACCUCCGCAGGAUCAAUCUCGCGACACCCAUUGGCAAUUGCCCGAAGCUCAUUGGAUCGGUGAUGGGUUCUCACAGCACCGCCUCUUCUCAGUCCCCGAAGCUCUUGUUUCGCCAGUUCUUCGAGAAAGAAUCGUCCACCUACACCUAUCUUCUCGCGGACGUGUCUCAUCCCGAGAAACCUGCUGUUUUGAUUGACCCGGUAGACAAAACUGUAGAUAGGGAUCUUUCUGUUGUCAAGGAACUGGGGCUGAAGCUUGUAUAUGCCAUGAACACGCAUGUACAUGCCGAUCAUGUAACUGGAUCUGGUCUCAUUAAGAGUAAGGUUCCGGAGGUGAAAUCCGUCAUCUCAAAAGUCAGUGGGGCGAAAGCCGAUGUUUUGAUCGAACAUGGCAGCAAAAUUUACUUUGGAGAUCUCUUUCUGGAGACUCGUGCUACUCCUGGUCAUACAUCUGGCUGUGUCACCUUUGUGACGGGAGAUGGACCUGAUCAGCCUCAGCCAAAGAUGGCGUUCACUGGGGAUGCUCUACUAAUCCGUGGAUGUGGAAGGACAGACUUCCAGAGCGGAAAUUCAGAACAGCUAUACAAGUCGGUGCAUUCCCAGAUCUUUUCGCUGCCAAAGGAUACGUAUAUCUAUCCAGCUCAUGACUACAAAGGAUUCACGGUGAGUACUGUUGGAGAGGAGAUGCUUUACAAUCCUCGCCUGACAAAAGAUGAGGAUACUUUCAAGGGAAUCAUGGCAAAUCUUAAUCUAGCAUAUCCCAAGAUGAUUGACGUAGCAGUACCGGCAAAUUUGGUGUGCGGCUUCCAAGAUUUGAUCCCGAAAAGUUGCUGAACCUUUCCGAAGUUGGAUUGCUUGGUUGACAGGAAGCAUCUUCAGCGUAUAUUUUCUCUCUGGGCCACGUGAAUUGUGUAAUAAAAAGAUGUAUUCUGUUUGGCCAACAAAAGUAGCGCUCGUCUACAGGAAUGAACUCGUUGAAAUACUUGUGGACAUGAAUAAGAUCGAGCUGAAAUUCCUUGAA